AAGUCGUAGAUGCGCCAGGAGAGAGAUGCGGCUCUAGUGCUCUCGCUGGCGUCAUCACCACCCCACGUCAUGUUAAGUCCGGGCAUAAUUGUACAGAGCAUCGACAUGAAAAGACACGGUACAGCAAACCACAGCAAAACGCAAACCCUCAUACGCAGAGUACGCUAGGAACAUGCCGUCGUUAGAACAAGCCCAUUUGUCUCUGUCAUGCUUUUGCGGCACUAGGCCACAUCAGGUGCACUCACAACCUCCGCGGGCAACCAAUGCGCCACUAGGGUAAUAGUCAGUGGGUAGGAGACGUUGGUUUCUUAAAAAAAUGAUUUACUUUUUUUAGCCUUAUCAAAAACAAAAAUCCAAUCGUAAGGCUAGCGUUACUGAUUUGAACAAUAAUCUUACGUCGUGGUCGUCGUCGUCGUCACCGCUACCGGCAACCCUUGUAAUGGAAGUUUCAAGAAGCAUGCUUCGACGCCGCGAUCGGUGACGCGUAUUCCGGGUGAGGUGUGCCCAUUUCUUUACUAUUUUUCUUUAUUUUUAAUUUAUGUUGAACGCGGUUGAAUUACGAAAUUAUUUGAUUAGUAUGUUAGUGUGUUGUGAUAGCGUUAGAUGAAUGCAUUUCUUCUAUUUUUAUUUCCCCCUUUUUAAUUCUAAUUAUUACGAUCACAUCUGACGCGAAGGCAUUGGAAAGGGAGGCACAUUUCGCCUAGAGCAGAGAUAUCGAGAGACUCAGCACGUACCCGAUACGCAUGAUAAUGAGCAGGGAAGAUGAAGGAAUUGUGUGAAUCCAACAAAACUACCAAAAUGUCACCCUCGUAAUUCCCUCAUAGUAGACAAGGAGUAAUAGGUGGGGGAAAACGGAGAACGGAGAGAACGAGAAAAGAAAACCUAUAUAGUUUAGUGUGGAGAAGGGUGGGCAUAAUUAAAAGACAUUAAUAAGGCGUAUUGUAAGAUAGUAUUGGUAGAAUGAGAUUGAUUUCCCCAAAACAAAAACUAAGAAAAAAAAGACACCCGGUUUGUUCUCAUCUCUUCUGUA